UUUUUGUUUAUCUAUUCUCAGAUUCUUUUAGAAUUUAGAAUUAGCCAUGCUCUGUAUUCUGUACAAGUGAUAUCAUCAUUGUAAAAAAUGGCUUGCGAACCCCAAUAUCUUGGCCAUGCUGAGACAUUACCUGUACACAGUGCUCCAGUACAACAGCAUCACAGAGGAGUCAGAAAGAAGUCCAAACUAAGAAGAGACGAAAGUAUUUCUGAAUCAUCUUCUAAUUCCAUGACUAGACAGGGCUCAGCUGACUCUUACACAGGUCGUCCUUCUGAUUCUGACAUCUCAUUGGAGGAAGAUCGAGAAGCGCUCAAGCGUGAAACGGAAAGACAAGCUCUGGCGCAACUUGAAAAAGCAAAGACCAAAGCUGUUGCGUUUGCUGUGCGCACGAACUUAAACUACAAUGGUUCCCAUGAUGAUGAUUCUCCUGUACAAGGAUCUGCUGUUUCAUUUGAAGCCAAAGAUUUUCUUCACAUUAUGGAGAAAUAUAACAACGAUUGGUGGAUAGGCCGUCUCGUAAAAGAAGGUUGCGGUGUCGGAUUUGUACCGUCGCCUGUUAAACUGGAAGCUAUAAGGCAACUACAACAGCAAGCAAAGUCAAAUAAAUUCUAUCAGUCAAAAACUGGAGGUACUUCUACUUCUAGUUUAGGGGAUAAUAAUACGAUGUCUCGACGCUCAACACCGCCAUCGUCUGUUGCAUACGAUAUGGAUUCUAAUGGAGUUGAUGAAGAAGAUUCUGACACAGCCAACCAACAAAACACUUCCAGUACUACACGAAGUCCAAAAUCUUCCGUGUCGUCUGCUGCACAAGGUACUUUGGGUAAAGAAGCGCGCCGGAAGCCAUUUUUCAAGAAACAGGAGUCUAUCCCACCCUAUGAUGUGGUACCUUCCAUGAGACCUGUAGUCUUAUGUGGGCCUUCACUUAAGGGCUAUGAGGUCACAGACAUGAUGCAAAAAGCAGUGUUUGAUUUCCUGAAGCGACGGUUUGAAGGCAGAAUCUCAAUAACAAGAGUCACAGCUGAUAUAUCGCUUGCCAAACGAUCGGUUCUUAAUAAUCCAACGAAAAGAGGAGCUAUAGAAAAAUCAAACACAAGAUCCAGUCUCGCUGAAGUCCAACGUGAAAUUGAGAGAAUUUUUGAGCUGGCUCGAACUCUACAAUUAGUAGUAAUUGAUGCAGACACAAUAAACCACCCUUCACAAUUAACUAAAACUUCACUUGCUCCAAUAAUUGUGUCGCUGAAAAUUUCUGCUGCUAAGGUCUUACAGCGUCUGAUAAAAUCUCGUGGAAAAUCACAAACAAAGUAUCUGAAUGUCCAGAUGGUGGCAGCGGAAAAACUAGCGCAGUGCAAUCAGGACCUUUUCGACAUAAUUCUUGACGAAAACCAGCUGGAAGAUGCUUGUGAGCAUUUGGCGGAGUAUCUAGAAGCUUAUUGGCGCGCUACGCACCCCCCAAACAUGUAUUCAAACCCAGCCCUGGCACGUAGCACCACAAAUUCCCAGUCUCCGCACCUCCAGGUAACUUAGGUGCACGUAUUGACGUCAUUGAAACGUAAUUUAAGUUUCCGUUCGUCCCGACGCGGGUCUAUGAAACCAGCCGACAAGGAAAACGAAGCGUAACUGGAAAGAACCGGCUAAAAAUUGAUUUUGGGACUUUUUUAAUGAUUUACUGCAAAAAAAUGUGCUGUUUUCAUCUUGAAAUGCUAAAAAAAAUACGUUUUUGCGCUCUCUCUCGUAUUUUUUCAUAAGAAAAGGGCAAAGCAAACGGUUCUCUCGUUUUUGGUUUAACUAAAAAAGGCAAUUUUAGAUCAUGAGAAAAUGUUUUUUCUUUUUUAUUCACAUUUUGUUGUUGGUGGUUUUAGUUUGGCUGUUUGCAUGUGCGGUGCCAAGCCGGCAAAAAUACGACUUCUUUUUUCUUAGCAUCUCUCUAACAACGAGAGAACGUAAGAAAAAAACAACCUUUUUUCCUUGAUUCUCUCUUUUACAGUUGCAAUUUUAACACCCGAUCGCAAUUUAAAUGAAAUGCAGUUUUUGUCCUUGAUUCUCUCUUUUACAGUUGCAAUUUUAACACCCGAUCGCAAUUUAAAUGAAAUGCAGUUUUAUUGUUUAAAAUGCAGUUUUUAACACCAAGUACACACUGUUUUAAGUUUACUGAAUGGUACACAGUUUUAUUUACACUGUUCUAUGUAAUGUUAAUUUUAUUCACAUCAUAUAUACACACAUAUAUAUAAGAAUUCAUAUAUAUACACAAUUCUGUUCUAUAUACUGUUGCAGUAACGGUGCUCUCUUUGUGCGUAUUGAACCUAAAUCGUGCGUUUUAUUGUAAAUUUAUUACAUUUCAUUGCUUGUCAGA